AUGAAGCAUUUUCCUUUAUUAUCUUUGACACCAGAAAUCUUGGCUGAAAUAUGUGAAAAUCUUCCACCUCAAGAUCUUUACACUUUAACUACAGUUUGUAAAAAGCUUCGUAAUUUUUUAUGGGCCACUUCUGGUUGUACUCAACAAAUCUGGCGUAAGUCUAGAUCAUUAUUACCGGUAUCAAAAUUUUCAUGUUCGUUAUCACCACCCAAAGGCAUCUCUGAAGACUUACGAAAUAAUAUUCCCGAAGAAGUACUUUCUUGCCUUCCUAAUAUUAAUGAUAUAAAGCCUUCAAACUUUUUUGAGAAUUGUCUUGUUACUUUACCUGGACCUGGCAUUCGGGACCAAAAUCCAUAUUAUUGGACGACUGAUGUUUAUAAAGCUUGUCGUGAAUAUAAUGAAUUGAAUGCCAAUGAGAGAAAAAAAUGGGUCGAGAAAAGAAAAGCAGAGGUUGAAGAAUUUAAUCGCUCUAUUGAAGAAAUUAAAUCAAAGGAUAUGACAGAGGUUCUUAGAAGUUUGAUUGAAGGAUUUAUGCCGUGA